AUGGAAGUCGAUCGUGUGGUACGCUGCUUUUUCAACGCAUGCGUGUCUCUCUCUCUCUCUCUCUCUCUCUCUCUCUCACAUACACACACACACACACACAUGCGAUUUGGGCAUUCGAGCAGAAUUGGCUUGCAAAGUGCUGAUUCAUUUCUAGCUCCGCGGGCCUGGCACAGUUCCACAUCCAUUUUCCUGUCCUUAGUCUUUCUUCUUUGUCUUUCCAUUCUUGCUUUUUUUUUUUUUUUACCUUCUUGCUUUCUCCGGUUCAUCCGCUCCGCUCUCGACUCUCAAUAUUUUCCUCGGCUUUUCCAUUUUACGCUUGAACAUUCAAGUCUCUUUCCUUUAAGGCGAGCAGCCUUUCUUAAUGAAAAGCGGGCAAAGAUGCCCGAUUUGCAACGUACAUUUGAUUCGCUCGGCCAAACAGAGAUCUAUCUAUCUAUCUAUCUAUCUAUCUAUCGAUCUAUAUCAACCUGUUCAUAUCCAUCUAUGUUUUUUCAUGUCUGUCUGUCUAUCGCAUCCUGUUCAUUUCUAACUACCUAUCUAUAUUUUUAUCAUGUCUGUUUGUUUAUCUAUACAAUCCUCUCCAUAUCUAUCUAUCUAUCUAUCUAUCUAUCUAUCUAUCUAUCUAUCUAUCUAUCUAUCUAUCCCAACCGUUUCAUAUCUAUCCGUCUGUCUGUCUGUCUAUGUAUCUAUAUCGUCAUGUUCAAAUAUAUCUAUUUCAACUUGGUCAUAUCUAUCUAUCUAUCUAUCUAUCUAUCUAUCUAUCUAUCUAUCUAUCUAUCUAUCUAUGUGUCUGUCUGA